GAUAUUGUAUUACCCAAUUUAGAUGGUGUUGAAGCAACUACUCAAAUAAGAAGAUUUGACAUGACUACACCAAUUAUUAGUAUGACAUCGAAUAUAGGAGCUGAUGAUUGUUUCAAAUAUUUGUCUCAUGGGAUGAAUGAUAUUUUAGCAAAACCAUUUACAAAAGCUAAUUUACUCUCAAUGUUGGAAAGACAUUGUAAACAUCUUAUAGUCAUUAAAACUUUUCAAAAUAUUCCUAGAUCUAUUGUUAUUGAGAAUAAUAAUAAUUGUACAUCUUCGGAUGAAGAUAAUAGGCUAAUUGAAGAAAUUCCUGAUAACACUAAUAUUUCUACUGGUGGCAGUAGUAACUGUGAUGAUGAUAGAUUAUUAGAAGAUCAACGUCCUCGUAAAAG